AUGUCUCAAAAUUCCGAAAAACCCUUACCUUCUCAGGAUGUUGUUGAUCCUACUGGUCCUGCAGCUCGCAAAGGUGUCUUGAUAUCAUUUAGAACUGGAAAGACCAUGGAGAUACCAGAAAAAGACAUAUUGGGAAGAUGCAGAUUUGUUGGGGAAUUCGAGAAACUUAAUCGUAUUGGAGAAGGCACAUAUGGUAUUGUAUAUAGGGCUAAAGACAAAUUAAAUGGAAAUAUAGUGGCUUUAAAGAAAGUGAGGAUGGAUGUUGAAAAAGAUGGAUUGCCUCUAAGUGGGUUGCGGGAAAUACAAGUAUUAAUGGCUUGUCGUCAUGAGAAUGUUGUACAACUCAAAGAAGUGCUUGUUGGAAGGUCAUUAGAAAGCAUAUUCCUAUCAAUGGAAUACUGUGAGCAGGAUCUUGCAUCUUUAUUAGAUAAUAUGUCAUCACCAUUUACUGAAUCCCAAGUGAAGUGUUUGAUGCUACAAGUAUUAAAAGGAUUGAAAUACCUACAUUCAAACUUUAUAGUUCAUAGAGAUCUGAAAGUAUCUAAUUUACUGCUGACUGAUAAAGGAUGUGUAAAAAUUGCUGACUUUGGCUUAGCACGAUGGCUAGGCGCCCCCGCGCGUUGUGCCACACCUAGAGUUGUUACUCUGUGGUACAGAGCACCCGAGCUCCUCCUGCAGUCACCAAAACAAACUCCUGCAUUAGAUAUGUGGGCCGCUGGUUGUAUCCUCGGAGAACUAUUGGCUAAUAAACCAUUACUCCCUGGUAGAACAGAAAUUGAACAGUUAGAACUUAUAGUUGACUUACUUGGUACUCCAUCAGAUGCAAUCUGGCCUGAAUUUAGCUCAUUGCCAGCAUUACAAAAUUUCACUUUAAAACAACAGCCAUAUAACAAUUUAAAGCAAAAGUUCCCCUGGCUCUCUGCUGCUGGUCUCCGUCUUCUAAACUUCUUGUUCAUGUAUGACCCUAAUAAGAGAGCUACAGCUGAAGAGUGUCUUCAGAGCUCAUAUUUCAAAGAGCAACCUUUGCCUUGUGACCCAAAGCUAAUGCCGAGCUUCCCACAGCAUAGGAACAUGAAGGGACAACAAAAGACUUCCUCAAACCAGUUAAACAUUCCCCUAUCAAACUUAAACACAGGAGCCAACGACCAAACAAACAAUCUACCAGCUAUAUCUGACUUACUGGGGUCAUUAGUUAAGAAACGUAGACUAGAA